AUGGGGACCCCGCCUGAGCCCCUGAACCAGGUGUGCCGGUGCUACAUCUAUGCGGUCCACGGCUACUUCUUGGAGAAGAUCUUUGCGGCCAUGGUGGGCGAAGGCAGCCCUUUCCAGCGGGCCGGCAGCCUGGGCUCCUUCUUGGUCUACGGCCUCUGCGGCCUGACCUUGGAGCGCGUCUACCUGGGCCUGCGGAGCGAGUGCUGCCUCCUCACCCGAUGCAUCCUCUACAUCCUGUCCAUCUACUCCUGGGAGUUCGGCACGGGCGGCCUCCUGUCCUGCUUCGGCGCCUGCCCCUGGGACUACGGCGACUACAGCUACAACCUGAAGGGCCUGAUCGCCCUGGAGUAUUUCCUCUUCUGGUUCGUGGGCUCCCUUCUGCUGGAGAAACUGGUGAUCUGCAACACGCUCCGGCUCCUGCUGGCCGAGGAGUGGAAAGCCAAGAAGAAGCCCCUGCCCAGAUUUGAGCUAACGGACGACUGA